AUGAGUGUUUGGCAAGGUCUCAGCCAGCAAUUGCGCAGGGCGGUUCCCAAGGCCGGGGAACGAUGCGUUGCUCCGUCGCGACGAUGCAUCAGUCACUUGGCCACACCACAACGGAUCCGAGGUGCUACACAGUCGAGACAAGGGGUUUAUCGCUUACAGAAGGGCAUGGGAGCCCCGUCACCGACAUGGAACUCAUCUUGGCGCUCUUUCUCCGCGACAGCGCAAGCCGCACAUGGCCAUGUUACGCCUCCGAAGCCCGGUGAAGAGAUCAAUAUCACAUUUAUCGACAAGGAUGGGACGAAGAUCGAUCUUCAGGUGGCUGAAGGAGACAACCUAUUGGAUAUUGCACAGGCAAACGACCUGGAAAUGGAAGGUGCCUGCGGUGGUUCUUGCGCUUGCUCAACUUGCCAUGUGAUUGUGGAAGACCCCGACAUGUUUGAUAAGAUGGAGGAGCCCUCGGACGACGAGAACGAUAUGCUGGACUUGGCAUUUGGCCUGACGGAGACCUCUCGUUUGGGAUGUCAGGUAGUGAUGAACAAAGAUCUCGACGGACUGGUGGUGCGUCUGCCAUCGAUGACCCGGAACUUACAAGCCAGCGACUUCGGCUCCAAAUAG